UUUAAUCUGAUGUGUUCAGGUUUAAACUCAGGUUCAGUUAUUGAGUGAAAAUACCAACAGACUCAGACAUUUAGAACAAACUAAGAGUCAGAUCAGCAGAAACAGAGAACACGGACAUGUCUGCUGUAACUGCGUCACUCUGCUCCACGCUGAUGUUUGUCGUGUUCGUCUCUGCAGGCCAGAAGAACAUCACAGCUGAUACUGGAGACAACGUCAUUCUGCCAUGUCGACUUACAAAUAAGAUCACAGCUGUAGAGUGGAGCAGAGCUGACCUGGGAGAUGAAAUUGUCUUUUUGUACCAGGAUGGACAAUUUGUUCCACAAAAACAGCAUCCAUCUUUUAAGAACCGGGUGGCUCUGCGGGACAGACAGAUGAAGGAUGGAGACGUGUCUUUGAUUCUGAAGGAUGUGACAACUGCUGAUAGUGGAACAUACAAGUGCCGUGUGAAAAUAGCAGAAACGAAUUCAUGGAAAUACAUCACCAUCAAUCUGAGUGUUUCUCCAGUAAUAAAAACCAUUCCAGUUAAGUCUGGACAGAACGUCAUUCUGCCAUGUCGAGCUCCAAAAAACAAUCAACGUGUAAAAUGGAGCAGAGCUGACCUGAAGACAGCAAAUGUCUUUUUGUACCAGGAUGGUCACUUUGUUCCAGAUCACCAGCAUCCAUCUUUUAAGAACCGGGUGUUGCUGCGAGACGGACAGAUGAAGGAUGGAGACGUGUCUUUGAUUCUGAAGAAUGUGACGAUUAAUGACGCUGGAACAUACGAGUGUCGUGUGUUUAUGGAAGAAAGACGCACAUGGAAAUUGCUCGUUAUCAUCAAGCUGAGAGUUGAUCCUCCAGGCCAGAAGAACAUCACAGCUGAGUCUGGACAGGACGUCACUCUGACAUGUCGAGUUACAAAUAAGAUCACAGCUGUAGAGUGGAGCAGAGCUGACCUGGGAGAUGAAAAUGUCUUUUUGUACCAGGAUGGACAAUUUGUUCCACAAAAACAGCAUCCAUCUUUCAAGAACCGGGUGGCUCUGCGGGACAGACAGAUGAAGGAUGGAGACGCGUCUUUGAUUCUGAAGGAUGUGACAACUGCUGAUAGUGGAACAUACAAGUGCCGUGUUAAAAUAGCAGAAACGAAUUCAUGGAAAUACAUCACCAUCAAUCUGAGUGUUUCUCCAGUAAUAACAAGUAUUCCAGUUAAGUCUGGACAGAACAUCACUCUGCCAUGUCGAGCUCCAAACAACAACAAACAUGUAAUGUGGAGCAGAGCUGACCUAAAGACAAAAAAUGUCUUUUUGUACCGGGAUGGUCACUUUGUUCCAGACAACCAGCAUCCAUCUUUUAAGAACCGGGUGGAUCUGCGAGACAGACAAAUGAAGGAUGGAGACGUGUCUUUGAUUCUGAAGAAUGUGACGUUUAAUGAUGCUGGAACAUACGUGUGUCAUGUCCUCAUGGAAGAAACGCGCUCAGUAAAGUCCAUCAGCAUCAUCAAACUGAUUGUUGAUCCAGGUCGAUCAGGAGGACAGGGUGGAUCUGUUGGACUGAUAAUUGGUUUGAUAGUUGCUGCUGUGGUUGUUUCUUGUUGUUGUUAUUUCUGUUGCCGCAGAAAAACAAGUGAGGACUCACAGCAGCUUCCCAGUCAAAUCUGAAGAUUAUCCUCAUACCAGAGCACAACCGCGAGUCAGAUGAUCUAAACAGACAAAAUCUAAGGUCACAUCUUUUUUUUCCUUUGCCUAUGUGAAAGAGAUUGAGAUCAUUUUAUGGGUAAUGUGAUACAGUUUGUUCAAACAGAGCAUGUCUGUAUGUGGCUUUGCUAAUAGUUAAUCUUGCUUAAUUCUAAUCAAAAUGUGCUCAAAAGGAAACCUGAUAAAAAUGAUGAAAAUGCAGAUUUGGUAGUGAUUUUAUUUUAAUGCCUGGAUUUUUGUGUGUGUUGGUCUGAUUCUCCUUCAACCUUUGUCAGAUUAGUCUCAGUAUGUGAGACUAGCUGGGGAAGAAUGUAAGACAGAUGAAGGUGUGAAAGCCUCUGGCCCAUCGCCAGGCGUGAUGUGAAAUAAGAGAAAUGAUUUACAUAUGCUUUGAUUGAUAAAUACAGCAUCAUAACUUAGUGCUUUUUUCAGACUAUAAUUCACACUUAAAAUCCUUUAAUCUUCUCAAAAAUCAGCAGUGCGCCUUAUGUAUGAAUUCUGCUUGUGCUUACUGACCUCGAACCAAUUUAAUGUGGUACACGGCGCUUUGGUAAGCUACAAAGCCGCACUGCUUUAAGGACUGUCUGAGCAUUACGGCUACCAUAGUCAGGAGCCUCAUGGAUUAUUGUGUGUAUAUGAGGAGCCCAAAAUGGCACCUGUUAAGACACAUACUUAUUUGACAGUUUUGUUUCGCUUAAUGAGCCUUAUAAUCCGGAGCGCCUUGUAGUCCAAAAACUACAGUAUAUGUUAUUUUGCUAAUAGUUGAACAUGCUUAAUUUGAAUCAGCAUACAAUCAGGAAUAAAUCUCAUCAGAAUAAUAAAUGGGAGGGCUGAUUUUAAUGCUCAACCUUUACAUGGACAGAAAUGUGCUAAUGACAAAUCCAGUUCAAGUAUAAAUGUACAAUGAAGUACAGCAUAUGGAUAAGAAAAUGUAAGGGAUGCGAUGUAAUGAUUAUACAAAUUCCAUGUAUAAUUUUUGGCUGAUCAUUUUUGCCUGGUUGUAUUGUGAUCUUGAAGUUUUUGGCCCUCUGAAUAUUAGAUUUGCUAAUAUCAUAGAU